AGGAGCGAGAGGCGCGAGAGACCCCGAGAGUUUGGCGGCGACAGACAUCCCCCGAGAGCGACGGCCCGCGGGGCCCCAGAGGCGCUUCCCAGCCCGAUGUAACCCACGCACCCUGCCCGAGCCCGGCCCUGCGCGGCGGGCGGCGAAACUUCUCCGCGGGUUCGGGCGCUUGGGGCCCCGGCUCGGCCACGACUGCCCGGGCAGCGGGUAGGGGAGACGAGCAGAGAACGUGCAGGGUAAUGUGAGCAGAGCCCAGGAAUGCCUUAUGUGGAUCGGCAGAACCGAAUCUGUGGGUUUCUGGACAUCGAGGAGAAUGAGAACAGUGGCAAGUUUCUGCGGAGGUACUUUAUUCUGGACACACAGGCCAACUGCCUCCUCUGGUACAUGGACAACCCCCAGAACCUGGCAAUUGGGGCAGGAGCCGUCGGAUCUUUGCAGCUGACCUACAUCUCCAAGGUGAGCAUAGCCACCCCAAAGCAGAAACCCAAGACGCCGUUUUGCUUUGUCAUCAACGCCCUCUCGCAGAGGUAUUUUCUUCAAGCCAAUGACCAGAAAGAUCUGAAGGACUGGGUCGAAGCCCUGAACCAAGCCAGCAAGAUCACUGUACCCAAAGUUGGGAACCUGCCCCUGACCACCGAAGUUCUCAAGAGCCUAGCAACUCCUCUGGCCCUAGAGAAGAAGCCACAGGUGGCCUAUAAGACAGAGAUCAUCGGAGGUGUGGUGGUACACACGCCCAUCAACCAGGACGGUGGGGAUGGGCACGAAGGGAGUGAGCCCGGCUCCCACACCAUCCUUCGAAGGUCUCAGAGUUACAUCCCCACGACAGGCUGCCGUGUCCCCACCGGGCCCCCCCUCAUUAAGAGCGGCUAUUGUGUGAAGCAAGGGAAUGUGCGCAAGAGCUGGAAACGGCGCUUCUUUGCGCUGGACGACUUCACCAUCUGCUACUUCAAGUGUGAGCAGGACCGAGAACCGCUGCGUACCAUAUUCCUCAAGGAUGUUCUCAAGACCCACGAGUGUCUGGUCAAGUCUGGCGACCUGCUGAUGAGGGACAACCUGUUUGAAAUAAUAACCAGCUCCAGGACCUUCUACGUGCAGGCAGACAGUCCAGAAGACAUGCACAGCUGGAUUAAGGAGAUCGGGGCAGCUGUCCAGGCCCUCAAGUGCCACCCCAGAGCCGGGCACAGAACCUGGAGGCCAGUCAUCUGGUUUUAUCCUAUUCCUGUUCAUUGGCUGAACUUUGACUGUGAAGUAGGAGGGAGGGAACUGACCCAACUGAAACUGGGGGAAGUGGUGGGGGACCUCCAGGCUCCAGCUUGGCCGGGAUGCAUUCUGAGGGGAGGUGUUAAAAUCUGGGGCCCCGAAUGUCGACCAGGGCAGAUUCCCCCCUCCUCCAGGGGACCUCCAUAGGGGAAAAAAUAGGGACCUCUCGGAAGGAAUGGGAGAAUGCACUCCCAGCCCCAGUGCAUCGGCCAGUUUUGGGAAUUACUCUGUUCUCUUUGAGAUGUUCUUUGACCCCAGAUACUGUCACUGUGAGAGACAGACCUGCCCACUCUGUUGCUGUGUCAGGCCCUUACGAUGGGUUUAUCAGUGUUUGGUGCUGAGAACAGAACAGACAUUGCCCUUGAUAUGGCGUUGCUUGGAAUGUGUGGAGGGUUGAUGAGUGUAUGAUAAUUCACUUGGGUGAUACAUCAAAUCUGUAUUUUAGAGUUUGAGGGUUGCUUUAAAGCAGGUGCCGGGAAGAGAUGGAGUUUAGUUCACCCAGCUAAAAAUUUUUGAUCCAUGUUUUCCAGACAGAAGAAAAGGUCUCUUUUCGCAAAGACAUUAUCUUGGGUCCUUGCCUCUCAGCUCUUCGUUCAUGGGCCGAUAGUAGUCUAAUUUUAAGUGCUGUAUAUUAUACACCUUGGCAGAUUUGCUGUCUUUCUGCUCUUUGUGUUGCCCUUUGGAUGAUGCCUCGUGUCUGCACUUGCAUGAUGAAAUCUUGUCGUCUGACAAGGUUCUACGUACUUAACAGUGAGAAGAUAACAAAGAUAAUCUUGAGAGAUAUUUAUAUCUUUAAUAAAAUAGAAACUGUGCAGAGAAACAUUGAUUUAGAGCCUAUGCAUUGCUGGUUAGAGAUUUCCCAGGUAGAAGAGCAUAGAUUUUAUUUCCCAUCCCGUAUUUUAGGACGUACCUUCUUCCAUUUGACAAGAGAUCCUACUUCCAGGGUCCCUGGGAGAAAUUAUCUGUCCAGCUUAUGUGAUGAACUGCUACCAAGGUUCCCUAAAGGGAGGGAGCUUAACUCAGUUCUAUCUAGAACUCUUUUUCAGCUAGAUCAGUUAAUUUUGUCUUUAAAUUAAGAAUUAACAAGUAGAGGAGGAGACUGUGAUUAGAAAAUCCUUAAUGGCUUGAGGGAAAUCUUCUGUUUGUUUCGGGCAGUGUAGUUUCCUUGAAGUCUGUGUCAGGUUGAGAACUUUUCUUGACUGUACUGCUUUGGAGAUAACUUUCACUUAAAUUGUUUGCCCUAGUGGUCCUGGUAUAAAAAAGGAAAUCUACUCUAGAUUUCUCUCUCUCUCUUUUUU